AUGUCUGCCCUGCAGAAAGCUCAGGGUGUAGCACAUGGCAGUGACCAUCAUCAUCCUCUGCUUUGCUCCCCAGAGCACAAGAGUGAGAUUGCCCAUCGCUACAAUGAUCUCAAGGAGGAGACAUUCAAGGCUGUCACCAUGAUCACCUUUGCCCAGUAUCUCCAGAAGUGCUCUUAUGAAGGACUGUCCAAGCUGGUGAGGGAUGUGGUCGACCUGGCGCAGAAGUGUGCUGCCAACGAGGAUGGGCCUGACUGUGGAAAAUCACUGCCUGCCAUCUUCCUGGAUGAGAUCUGCCAAGUGGAGCAGCUGCGCGACUCCUACGGCGCCAUGGCCGACUGCUGCGCCAAGGCCGACCCCGAGCGCAACGAGUGCUUCCUCUCCUUCAAAGUGCCCCAGCCAGACUUUGUCCAGCCCUAUGAGAGACCAGCUGCUGAUGUCAUAUGCAAGGAGUACCAGGACAACAGGGUCUCACUGCUGGGACAUUUCAUCUAUAGUGUUGCAAGGAGAAACCCCUUCAUGUAUGCCCCAGCCAUCCUGGGCCUGGCUGCCGACUAUGAGCACGCACUGCAGAGCUGCUGCCAGGAGAGCGACGUCGGGACUUGCCUGGAUACAAAGGCAGUUGCCAUCAAAGAGAGAGCCAAGAAAAUCAGCUUGAUGCACCAGUAUGACUGUGGAAUCCUCAAGCAGUUUGGUGACAGAACCUUCCAAGCCAACAAGCUUGCUCGUCUCAGCCAGAAGUAUCCCAAGGCUCCAUUCCCAGAGCUUGUGAAGCUUGUGCAUGCCAUGACAGAUGUCUCCAAAGAGUGCUGUGCUGGGGACAUGGUGGAGUGCAUGGAUGACAGGGCAGAGCUGACGGAGAAGUUCUGCUCCAAACACGAAGUUUUCUCGAGUAAAGUCAAGCCCUGCUGUGAGAAGCCCACCGUGGAGAGGAGCAGGUGUAUCAUUGAGGCAGAGUUUGAUGACAAGCCUGAGGGGCUGCCCUCCCUGGUGGAAAGGUACAUCCACGACAAGGAGGUCUGCAAAAAAUUCGAGGCGGGCCACGACGAGUUCCUGUCAGAGUUUGUGUACGAAUACUCCCGGAGGCACCCCGAGUUCUCCACCCAGCUCAUCCUCAGGGUUGCCAAGGGGUAUGAAACGCUCCUGGAGAAGUGCUGCAAGACAGACAACCCUGCUGAGUGCUACAGCAAUGCUGAGGAGGAGUUGACCAAACUCAUCAAAGAGACUCAGGAUGUUGUGAAGACAAACUGCGAGCUGCUCAACACCCACGGCGAGAAAGACUUCCUGAAAGCGCUGCUGAUCCGCUACACCAAGAAAAUGCCGCAGGUGUCGACGGACACCUUGCUGGAGGUGGGGAAGAAGAUGACAACCAUUGGCACCAAGUGCUGCCAGCUGCCCGAGGACAAACGUCUCUCUUGCUCUGAGGGAUAUCUGAGCAUCGUGAUUCAGGACAUGUGCAGGAGACAGGAGACCUCCCCCAUCAAUGAGAACGUUUCACACUGCUGCAGAGAGUCCUAUGCCUCCAGGAGACCCUGUUUCACUGCCAUGGGAGUGGAUACCAAAUAUGUGCCUCCACCAUUUAACCCCGAGAUGUUCAACUUCGAUGACAAACUGUGCUCUGCUCCUCCUGCCGAGCGGGAGUUAGGGCAGAUGAAGCUGCUCGUCAACCUCAUCAAACGCAAGCCCCAGAUGACAGAGGAGCAGAUCAAGACCAUUGCUGAUGGCUUCACUGCCAUGGUGGACAAGUGCUGCAAGCAAGCCAACAUCGAGACGUGCUUUGGGGAAGAGGGUGCAAACCUGAUAGUCCAGAGCAGAGCCACGCUAGGAAUCGGUGUCUGA